CCAAAGUGUCACGACACUCUUGUGCAGUUUGGUGGCUUCCUGGCAUCUAACCUCAGUACAGAAGACUACAUCAAGAGAGUGCCGUCAGUCGAUGUGCUCUGUAACCAGUUCCACACGCCACAUGACGCCGCCUUCUUUCUCUCUCGACCCAUGUAUGCCCAUCAGAUUCUGUCCAAGUAUGACGAAUUGAAGAAGGCAGAGAAGGGCAACCGUCAGCAGCAGAAGGUGCACAAGUACAUCGCCGCGUGUGAGCAGGUCAUGACCCCCGUGCACGAGAAUGUGGUGUCCCUGCACUUGCCCAAAGUCUGGGAUGAUCUUCGACCUCAGUUUUACGCCACCUUCUGGUCCCUCACCAUGUAUGACCUGGCUGUACCUAACAACGCCUACGACAGGGAGGUCAACAAGCUCAAGAUGCAGAUCAAGGCCAUUGAUGAGAACACGGAGAUGCCCCUGAACAAGAAGAAGAAAGAGAAGGAACGCUGCACAGCGCUGCAAGACAAGCUUCAGGAGGAGGAGAAGAAACAGCUGGAACACGUGCAGAGGGUUCUUCAGCGACUCAAACUGGAGAAAGACAACUGGUUACUGGCCAAAUCCACAAAGAAUGAAACCAUCACAAAGUUUCUUCAGCUGUGCAUCUUUCCUCGCUGCGUCUUCUCAGCCAUCGAUGCCGUUUACUGCGCUCGCUUCGUAGAGCUGGUGCAUCAACAGAAGACGCCCAACUUCUGCACGCUGCUCUGCUAUGACAGGGUGUUCUCUGACAUCAUCUACACGGUAGCGAGCUGCACGGAGAACGAGUCGCGUCGCUACGGCCGGUUCCUGUGUUGUAUGUUAGAGACGGUGACUCGAUGGCACAGCGACAGGGCCAUCUAUGAGAAGGAGUGUGGCAAUUAUCCAGGCUUCCUGACUAUUUUCCGAGCCAGUGGAUUCGACGGAGGGAAUAAAGCAGAUCAGCUGGACUAUGAGAAUUUCCGACAUGUUGUUCACAAAUGGCAUUACAAAUUGACUAAAGCAUCAGUUCACUGUCUGGAGACGGGCGAGUACACUCACAUUCGCAACAUCUUAAUCGUGCUCACCAAGAUUCUGCAGUGGUACCCUAAGGUGCUGAACCUGGGCCAGGCUCUGGAGUGCCGCGUCCACAAGAUCUGCCAGGAGGAGAAAGAGAAGAGGCCUGAUCUCUAUGCUUUAGCCAUGGGCUACUCUGGCCAAUUGAAAGGCAGGAAAGUGCACAUGGUGCCGGAGAAUGAGUUCCAUCAUAAGGAGCAGCCCGUGCGCAGCGCCACACCUGGCACUGUACAGAACGGACCGGGCAACACGGGCAAGACCGCCGGCACCGCCGCUGCCAGCGCUGGCAAAACAGAGGAGGGAGCUGCCGACGACUCGGAGAAAUCCAAGGACAAAUCUCAGGCAGUUCAGAAAACUGCCAGCAAAACCAGCAGUGCAGCAAACAAAGUGAACAACAGCAACGGAAGCACCACACCGAACAGUGCUAAAGGAAACAAAGAGAAAGAGGAAAAAGAGAAGACGGCGAAGGAGAAAAAAGAGAAGAAAGAGAAGAACCCAGCAAACACUCCAGAGGCCAAAGCAGGAGCGAAGGACAAACCGAAGGAGGAGAAAGUCAUUGAUGGCAAGGAGAAGACCCCCAAGGCUGAUAAAGACAAGAGGAAGGAGGACAAGAAAGAAGAGAAGAGCAAGAACGACGGGAAAUCUGCUGAGAAAGAGCGUGACGUGUCCAACGACAGCAAGACAAAGGAAAGCGUGAAGGUGGAGAAGAGCGCUGCGUCUGGACCUCUGAAGUCUCUCGUGCCCAGAUCUGAAGGGCUCGAGUCCGAACGGGAGCAAAAAAGACGAAAGGUUGACACGCACUCGUCACCGUCACACUCCUCUGCAGUUAAGGACAAUCUCAACGACUUCAAGGAUUCAGCUCCAAAGCAUCACCCUAACCACAGCACAGCCCUGUCCAAGAGCAAAGAGAAGGACGAGGAGAAGAAAGACUCUGACAAAUCCAGGGACCGCUCCAAAGAGAGAGAGAAGAAGGAGGAGAGAAAGGACCGAAAACGAGACUACUCCAACAGCGACCGCGAGAUGAGUCAGGAAGCCAAGCGCCGCAAAGACGAGAACGGAAUGAGCUCCUCCAAACACAGCAAGAGCGCCAGCCCCUCUGAAUCACCACACUCCAACGACAGCGGCAAACGCUCCAAAUCCACCAGCAAGGACAAGAGCGACGUGACCAAACCAGAGAAGACCUCUGGAGGAAAAAAGGAAUCCAGGCAUGACAAAGAGAAAUCUGAGAAGAAGAGAGACAGCACCGGCGCUAAAGAAGACAAGAAACACCAUAAAUCAUCAGAGAAGCACAGAUAAUGUCUGCUGGCACUCGAGCAGUGUUCCCCGCUGUGAGCCGCUGCAGGAUUCAUCAUUUCUCAACCAUGGCAGCGUCUUCAUCUUUUCCUUCCGUCACCGUCUGGAAAGAAGAUUCCUUUGCCUGCAUCCAGACUUCUGUUGUUUUGCCUAGAAACGUUGUAGCUUGUAUUUUAAUCUGCCAUUUUUAUUGUGAUAUUUUCAGUACUUGACUGAAAGUUUGUUUCCUUUAAAUAUUUAGCACAAUGUGCUGCUUGCAUCACAAACAGAUUCAGGUGGAAUUGGUGUGUCACUCUCAAAUGCUUGUGUUUUUAUGACCUCAUUCUAUCUUCCUGUUCCCUCGUGGGGUUUUUGGGUUUUUUUUUUUUUUUUUUAAAGUGGAAGAAAAUGACGUCUUUGCCUCGAUUAGGGUUUCAGGAUACUACUUUUCCUUCUUUUUAAGUCACAUGUGAUAUUUAGGCUAGGUGUUUGAAGCAGUACACAUGCUCUAUUUGUAUAUUAUGUAUACAGAAAUAAUAAAAUGGUUCCAUGUAAUAAGACUUUUCCUCUUACUUUCAUUUCCCAUGUAAGCAUCCUUCUCGUCUGUGUCUUCAAUCACGUUUUUAAAAGAUUUGUAUAAAGAAUGGCAAGCUGGAUUUCUCCCUAAAUAAAUGGACUCGAGGCAAAACAAAUGAUGACUUUCCAAACUACUUCAUGAUGUUUUUAUCUGGCAAAGUUGACAAAGUGUAUGCUUUUUCUAAAUAAAAUAGUUUUCUUAGUC